AUGCAAAAAAUAAAAUUAGACGAUGAUGAGGAGUUUAACUUUAGAAGGCAGUUUGAAAUUUAAUAAAGAGCAGUAGAGCCGAAACAACUAUGCAAAUUCAAAGAUAUAUUGAAUCAAGCUAUUGAUUUGAACAAGAGGAAGAUAAGUGAAUUGGCUUCAUAUAAGAGAUAAUAAGUAAGUGAGGAAACUUCUAAUGGCACACAACAAUAAUUGGAUUUUAUACAGGAACAGACUGACGAAGUUUUAACCUAUUAAUAAUACUUGAAGACGAAGUUAGAUCAAAUCCUAAAGGCAAAACUGUUAACAGAGAGGAGAAUCAAUAACUUUAAGGAUAAUCUACGACAUAUCAAGACUCAGCCUAAUCAUGUUCAUAGAGAAUUAGAUGAUAAAGUUAAGAUGAUGCUCAAGAAAACCCAACAUUUCACGAAUCAGUUUUAGAAGGAAAUGCAGAAAUUCAGAAGCUAAUCUGAGAGGAAUCAGGAGAAGUAGUGUAGGGAUGCAGAAAAUAGUGAAUUUGAAAUCAAAGAAAUCUAGUUAAAGGUUAAAAAAUGCAAAUAAAAAAAUUAAGAAUUAUUACAUUAAAUUUGUAUUUUGACAGAACAGGAAGAAUAGAAGAAGUACAAAUUAUAGGAGUGCUUCAAAAUUAGGGAAUAUAUUGAAUUUUUUAUGGAUGCUAAGUUAAAAGUUGUUGAUUAAAUAUAAGGAAAUCAAAAUCAAUUGUAAGAGUUAGGUUAAUCACUGCAAUAAUAAAAUGAUAAAACAUUAACAAGAGACGAGAUCUUGAAUCAAGUAGAUGAGUUCUACAAAACACAAGAUAUUGGUGAAUUGACCAAACAAAUUAUCAGCACUUACCAUUAUCUACUUGAACACUAGAAUAUGCAAACGAAUGAAUACAAUUUUUUUACUGAAGAAAAAACCUUAAGACAAUAGCAAAUCUUGCAAUUGAACCAAGAAUUAUCGCAACUAAAGAACAUGUGCAAUCUAUCAAUAGACGAUCACACUAACUUUGGUUCAUACAAUAACACUAUUAUUGAGGGACCGCAAAUAAUUCAUGAGAACUAUUAAUUGAAUUAUCAUUUGCAUGGAUAUCAACUAUGUUUAAUAACCAUAUAUCAGAAAUUGAUUGACAUGAUUCAAAGGUUGUGUAAUAAUGUGAUUUGGUUAUAAGAGACGACAAAAACUAUUCCAAAAUCUUUGGACAACAAAUGCAUGCAAUACCUCAAAAACUUUACAAAGGCUGAUUUCAAUCUCUAUGUUCCACUUGCUACUUAGAGUGUUCCUGUUAAUAAAUCCACAAACUCAAAGCAUAUUGGAUAGUAUGUUUGUAUUGGAAAGAGGAAUGGUAGCAUUACCAGUGAAGAGAUUCUUAGUGAACAAAAAAUAGAAUCCAUAACUAGAUUUCCGAGUUAGCAACUGGCUAAAUUUAAAACGCAUAAAGAUUUUGAAUUCAUUGUUAAUUAAUGGAAUGAUCUAAUAAAGAGUGAUUUCCUUUUCUAAACUUUGUAAUUAGACAUCAGUUUGGACGAUAUCGAUGUCACAUUAAGCAAUCAUGAAAUUAUUUGUCAUUUAUAUGAUUAAUAUUCUAAACUCAUUAAAGAAGCAGAUAUUAAAAAGCAUUUCGAAUUACAAUUUUCAUACUACAGAGACAUAAUGAGACAUAUUUACAAAAACAAUCAAAAUUUUAAUCCGAAAGCUUUAACAUUGAAAUAAAAGUUCAAUAAUGAAGUAACUUCUCCCUUUUUGCUGCAAAUUAAAUAGCUUUAAUUGAAGAGAUUGCAAGAAUAGGCUAAUAGUACUCAUUUGGAUGAUGAAAGCAAUUUUAAAAUGAAUUCUAAUAAAGCAAUCAAUACUUCAGAUGAUAGAAAAUACCAUGAAUACUUCAUUCAUCAGAGUUCAAAAAUAAAGAAACACUUCCCUGUUCUACAAGAUCAAUUAGUUACGAAGACUCUAUAAGAUAUUGAUGUUAUGAGACAAAAGGAGUUGAAUGAGAAUUAUCAAUAGUCCGACUAGAUUUCAUCUGAUAUGGAUUAUUUAAAUUAAGAGAGGCGGAAUUUAAAAGGCAUUCUUAGUAAGAAGAAACAAAAACCUUAAACAGCCAACACCAAAACAUCCAAGACUGUUACGCGUGAAACAUCCAGCACAAAGACUAAAAUCAUUAAACAAGUUGAUCUGUUAAACAAAAUAUAUAAACUUUCAUCUUCAACUCGUAAAUUGGAAGUCAGCAAUAGUUUCAAUGCAAAUCUGAGUAGGUAUACAUAAAAAGUGAAAAGAAAAAUAUCUGAUUAUUUUACUCCAAAGUUGGAUAUGGAUUUUUGUCAGAAGGAAGAGAGCAGAAUUCUUCUGAAGCCAAAUUAGUUUGAAAAAACUCUCUCGGCAUCCAAAUCAGUGGAACCCUAUCCAAUGACUCCUCAUUCUGAACAACUGUUAUCAUUCGAUCGAAUUGAUUCUUUGAGAUAGAUUCAAGAUUCAACGUAAUUAGCAAACACUAAGAAAGACAAGGCCUUUUUAAUUAAAAGAAAAUGA